UGCGGUAUUUCCUUCCAAUGGCAUUCAUCCUUUCUCUGGUAGCACUCGCUGCUAGUAUUCAAAUUGCCACCGGUCUGGCCGGCCCUAGCAUCGACGCCAGAAAACAGUAUGCAGUAGAACGGUCGAGCAUCUAUACAAAUGCAGUCUAUUUCACCAACUGGGGUAUCUACGGUCGUGACUUCCAGCCUGCCGACCUCCCAGUCUCCCACGUUACCCAUGUCCUGUACUCUUUUAUGAACGUUCGAGCCGACGGCGCAGUGUUCUCUGGCGACACCUAUGCGGAUCUCGAGAAGCAUUACCCUGAUGACUCCUGGAACGACAUUGGCCACAAUGCUUAUGGCUGUGUGAAGCAGCUCUUCAAGCUCAAGGAGGCAAACCGUGGCCUGAAGGUGAUGCUCUCCAUUGGAGGCUGGACCUGGUCGACCAACUUCCCUGCCGCUGCCUCAAACGGACAGAGCCGAGCACUGUUCGCUCAAACGUCCGUUGAGCUCGUCAAAGACUGGGGACUAGACGGCAUUGACAUUGAUUGGGAGUACCCGGCGAAUGAUAUCGAGGCGAAUGAUAUGGUUCUGCUCCUUCAGCGCGUUCGCCAGGAACUCGACGAUUAUGCUGCGGAGUAUGCGGACGGGUAUCAUUUCCAGCUUUCCAUCGCGGCUCCCGCUGGCCUUGCACAUAUCGAAAAGCUUCGCCUCCCCGAACUCGACCAGGUACUGGACCGCGUCAACCUCAUGGCAUACGACUUCGCCGGCUCCUUCAGCAACGUCGCUGGCCACCAAGCCAACAUCUACCCCAGCGUCAGCAAUCCGGAUUCGACCCCCUUCAACAGUGAGGACGCUGUGAAGGCUUAUCUGAACGGCGGCAUACCUGCUGAGAAGCUCUCCCUAGGAAUGCCCAUAUACGGCCGUGCAUUUACGGGUACGGAUGGCCUUGGGAGCCCAUUCCAGGGCGUCGGUGAAGGUAGCUGGGAAGCUGGUGUCUGGGACUACAAAGACCUUCCGUUUGCCGAAUCGAAGGUCGAGAAGGAUGAGAGUGUCGGCGCGACUUGGACGUACGAUACCAUUCAGCGUAGACUCAUCUCGUUCGAUACACCAGACAUGGUUCGCGAGAAGGUCAUAUUCGCGAUGAGUCACGGUCUUGGCGGGAGCAUGUUCUGGGAGGCUUCCGCGGACAAGGACGGAGGGGAGUCUCUCAUUCAGGCAGCUGCAGAGGCUAUGGGGAACUUGGAUUCAACACCGAAUUGCCUCAAUUACCCGAACUCAACUUAUGACAACAUCCGCAAUAGGCCAAGUUAGUGGUGAGAUGGACUUGCUAUCCACUGAUAAGAGACCGCUCCUUUUUCGCGUUCCUCGCGUUCUUCGUCUUUUCUCCUUUUCUUCUAGAUAGUCACGUUUUGCGUCCACGUACUGGCCUUUCCGCUGAUGGGAGCGCGUCUGUUUUGGAGGCAGGGAACAUGGAGCCCGAGAGCCUCUGGUGAAUAUUGUUUGCUUAGAGCUGUUGUAGGGAGCGCUAAUACGAAGAGGUAUCAGAUCGAGUUAUAUAUCAUGCAUUUUCUAGGCACUGAUGGCUUUCAAGAGUCUCCAAGUAGCGAUCUCGCGAAAU